UUAAAUUCUGCCAAUAUAUUUGUCAAAUUCCUUAAGUCUAUUUUUAAGUUUAGAGAAACUUUCUCUUGUAGCAAAAAAAAAAAAAAAAAAAAAAUGUUACCUUGGUAACUAGGGCAGCCAAACCCAAACAUAACACGGUGACAGCAACGACGUCCCGUUGAUGUUAACUGUAACCCUACGUUUUAUGCAGCUAGUAUCUUACAGAAAAAGCAUAUUUUCAUAAAAACUCCACGGGAUAAAGACGACCUACAGUUUAACUUAAAGUGAAAAAACUUUUUUAUUUUUUAUCUGCGGAGCCUGAUGUGCUAUUUGGUACUGGAAGUACUUGACCUUGUUCUAAAAUACUAAUCUGACUAGAAACCAUAAAAAUGUAUAAAGUGGACUUGCCUGUUGAUGAUUCAAAAGACAAGGUCGUGGAGGCCCGAAGGUCUGCAGAAAGAGCUCGCAAAGCCCGAUUCUUCAACCCUCGCCUGCGUGUGAUGGGCCUCGACCUGGAUGCUCUAAACCAGCAAGUCCUGGAAAAUAAGCACAAGCGAAGCUGUGAGAAACUACGAAACAGGGAUUUUGAUAACCUGCAGAGACGACAAGAUGAAUUGUUUCUUCUGCAAGAUAGUAAUGAGAAAGAGAAGCGGAAAGCUUUGCAAAAGGAACUGAACCACUUCUGGGAUUCACAGCAGCAAAUGAAGAUCUCUCAUGAUGUCGAGGUGAAGGGGCAGUACAACCUCACGAUUCCAGAGUCCGAACUGGGGCCUUCCAGCAUGCACAUAUUUGAGGGAGAAGAUCGCAGACGGAAGGAAAGGGUUAAAGAGCAAAUGAGAAAAAAAGUAAAAGAUUUGCAAGAACAAAUGGACGAUAAGAAAAUGAGGGACAAGAGAGCGAAGCACAGAGAGAUGCUGUUGAACAACCAGCUGGUGAAUCAAGACCUAAUGUGGGCCCAGCAGAAUGCAGUCGAAGAGGAGCGUAGGAAAGCUGCCCUCGUCUCACUCUGGAACGACAAUCAAGCCCUGGCUGAAGUGCGAGCUCUGGACCGCAGGGAGCAGCGUAGGAACGAGGCAGCGGAUAAUCUGGUAGAAAUAUGGCACGCUGGGACAUCUGACAUGUUGACAGAGACUGCAGAGCCAGCAGAGACCUAUUUGGGAGGAGGGAGACCGCCGCACGUUCUGCCAGACAAGUGGAGGGGGAUGAGCCUCGCGCAGCUCAACCACUUCCAUGAGCAGAGAGAGCAACAGCGCCUUGAGAAAAAGAAACAACUUGAGGCUGAUAAGAUUAGGGAUGCAGCCUGGGACUUGCAGCUCUUGAAGAUUUCCAAAGCAGGAGAGGAGAAGGACCAGAAAAUGGCAGAACUAAGAAGACAACAGAGAAUCCUGAUGGACCAAGAAAACAAGCAGCUGGCCAGACUGCAGCAGGCACAUCAGCAUUAUCUGAAUAAGGAGCUCUAUACCUACAAACCCACCAGGGAUUAUUUUGACCAGUUUAACACUGGUUGCCGCUAAUCAAGACCCAACAUCAGCUUGUCCCCUGUCAACAAUUUACUUUUGUCAAUAAAGGAUUGAAUGUUGUAAACCAA